CUCUCAAGAUCUCUUCAAAAAUAAUUUCUCUGAGUCACGUCUUAGCAGAAGAACAUACCAGCUUCUUUUAGACAGGCAUUUGUUCUGUUGCAUCUAUUCCUUAUGCUUUGUUUUUCAUGUAUACAAACAUAUCAAAAUGUGUUUGGUGCGUGGCUGGUUAGGACCUGCUCCGAAGGCAUUCGAGCGGCCCUGGAAUUUGUUAGAAUGUCGUUAAUGAUGUAAUUCUCCUGCAGGGUCUCUUAUUCUCCUCAUAGGCUUACAGCACAGGAAUAGAAACAUUUUUCAUGUCGUUUCUAGUGCUAUCCUUUCGCUUCACUCAUCAGCUGCAGCAGUCCGCUGGGCUUCCCUUGGAUCUCAAGUCAGGGUCAUGCUCUUCUUUGCAGACACUUGCCAUGUUGUAUGUUACUGGGGCCACAGCCUUCCAGCAAAGCAUUUAAACAUAAGACAGCAAAGACUGUUCGUUGACAUCUUUCAAAGUCUGAGCACAUCUUUUGCAAUCUAUGCUGUCAUUUAGAAAACCCAAAGUUAUUUUAGGAUAUGAAUUGUUCCUUGGGCCAUCAGUCGGAAAACACUCAGAAAUGUGCGCCUUGCAAAUCAUCCCGUCCUGCCCUUGUGCAGACAACAUUCACUUGAAAUGUGUCAUGCUUUCUUUGCAUGUUCUGUUAAUCCUUGCUCUCAAGCAAUUGUAGUGAUUCAGAGAAGCCACGUGCGUGACUGGUGAUUAUAGUGAUUAUGUGAAUUGUGACAGGAAGGGAAGUGGAAAAGGUGACUGCCCACUCCCCGACACUUUUGUCAUCUGGCAAUGACAUUGGCAUGCAAAAGUAAAGCUCGAGAAAGAAAAUGGUUGUGAUUCAAAGUCGUUGAAUGUAAAUGAGGUUUUUUUCUCGGUUCUGGAUUGCUCUCAUACUGUACCUGAAAACACAAUUUUUUGCCUUUAGUGCGAUGUUAAGGUCGCUUUUUCGUAUGGAAUUUCCAGCUGUUGUUUGCUUAGUGGAUAAAGAGGAAUGGAGUUGAUAAAAAAGCAAUGUGAAGGGCAGAAAGCUUUAUGCAUGGUGGGAGUUCCAGAAUUUCCAGACCAGGAGGUCUGAAUGUGUGUUUAGAAAGCAGUAUCUGUCCGUCCUACAGUAGUGAGCUCCCAAACCACUCUGGAAUGAGGCCUUUCAGCCUAAAGCCUUGGCUGUCAAUGCAAAUUGUUUCUGUAGCAUGCGGAAUGUUUUAGCAUAAAAUUAAAUGUCUUAUUUCUAACACAGACUUCAAUUUGAGGAUUUUUUUUUUUUCUAUUCUAGAUUGACUAGUGACAUGAAGUUAAGCUUGAGAUAUGAGUCAACCAAGGUGUUGAGGGCUGAAAAAGGUGUGGGUUUGGUUUUUUUUUUUAAAGUAAGGUCAAUCCUUUAAGUCCCUGCUUGUGACAUGUGAACUUUAAAUAUAACAUAAAAAUUGUAACAGGCUUCAGUCAACUUGCUUCUUAUUAUACUGAAGUCCUUUGUUACAGGGGUGGUUUAGGUAGUCUGUUCAUGAAGAAGUAAAGUAGAGCUUGUUAAACAGGUGAUUCUUAGCAAAGGGAACCUGAGCCUUAGUUAAAUCACUUUUAUUCAGGAUUUUAUAUCUAGCCUUGCCCUUAAUAAAUCUAAAGGAAAGUUUAUGGCAGCAGGCAGAGUCUUUAAUUUGGCAUUGGUUAGCAACGUCACUUUCAACAUGUGUGGCCCCACCAUGAACUCAAAAGUAUGGUUUUCCACCAGGAGGUGCAGGUUUAUGUGCAGAAUGUACGUAUCUGUGUGAGCUGGGUUUUGCUAGUAUACUAGAAAUGUAAUUGCACAGCACUUGGUAAAAACGCUGCUCCAUGACUAUGCUGUAGGAAAUCUGCAGCUGAUUCCUGCAAGUUCAUGACUUGUGUUGUUAGAAUGGGCGGAUGUGGAUCUCUCCUCUGUGUCUGUGAUGGGUAGCAGGCCCUGCUUUGGACUACAAGGCCUCUGUGAAACCUGGGAACAGUGUGGUUCCCUUUCUUUGUGCAUGUAUCAAGCUCAACUCCUUUAUUAUCCAUGAAACCAUAAAAUACCAAGUUCAGAGUAUGUGCAGGAAAGCAGGACAGAUAAGCUUGGUUCUGCCUAAGGUACGGCAGAAUGCUGGCCAUCGCAGUAUCUUUGUACCAAGUAUAUUUCCAGCUGACACUCAAUAUCUUUCUAGGCAGGUCAGCAGCCCACGGUGUGGUGAGUCCUUUUUCCUGUGCUGUUCCGCUCUGUGACAUGUGUAGAUAGGAAGAGCACGUUUAUCUUCCAGAUACAUUAAACAGCUGCAAAAUUGAAUUGGCAAAACUUGCUUUUUGGACUGGCCUAAUGACGUGCUCAUAUGUGCUCAAGAGUGUUUCAUGACACAGCAGUUGUGUUCUAAUUAGAAGCCCAGGUUUGUAGGCAGGAUGGAAGAACUGUAGUUCUUUGCAGGUGUCAGAGGAGAAAUGACGACGCUCCUUUUGAGGCCAAAGCUUGCUUUGAAUGAGCCACUGCCAUCAGUGAAGGCAAGAGCCUCGAGAUAUCCUGAGUGAGUUUACUAUCAAAAUCGAGUAUUUCCGUGACACCCUGUGGGUCAACUGAUGGAAGUCUUGCUAGCAGAGGCUGUUGAGCUCCAGGCUGUUUACAGCAUCAGCCUGAUUUUACAAAGACAAACCAUAACCUGCUUUGUAUAGUGUUUCUUUAUAAACAGUUAGGGAGCUGUGGAUCCUUUUUCUUUUUUCUUUUCUUUUUUCCCCACCCAAAAAGCUGAUCUUGACUGAAAGUCCUGAGUUACAGAAAAGGGAAGUUACACGAUGAAAGCACCUGUUCAAGCAAUCUCUUACUCAUAAACAGCUCUUUGGUCUUUCCCCUCUUUGCUGCCCUGGAAAUAACUCCAAGAAGGGAGCAUGGACCAGCCCAGCGGAAGGAGUUUCAUGCAAGUUCUUUGUGAGAAAUACAGCCCCGAGAACUUCCCGUAUCGUCGUGGACCUGGUAUGGGGGUGCAUGUCCCAGCAACUCCACAGGGUUCACCUAUGAAAGAUCGCCUCAACCUUCCGAGUGUGCUAGUACUGAACAGCUGUGGCAUAACCUGUGCAGGGGAUGAGAAUGAAAUCGCUGCCUUCUGUGCUCAUGUGUCUGAGCUAGAUCUUUCUGACAAUAAACUGGAAGACUGGCAUGAGGUCAGUAAAAUUGUGUCCAACGUUCCCCACUUGGAGUUUCUAAACUUGAGUUCCAACCCUCUCAGUUUGUCCGUUUUAGAGAGAAGGUGUGCUGGGUCUUUCGCUGGUGUUCGCAAACUUGUGCUCAACAACAGCAAAGCUUCCUGGGAAACAGUCCACACAAUCCUGCAGGAAUUACCAGACUUGGAGGAGCUCUUCCUGUGCCUUAAUGACUAUGAAACAGUGUCUUGUUCUCCGGUUUGCUGUCAGUCUCUCAAAUUACUCCACAUAACUGACAAUAAUCUUCAAGACUGGACUGAAAUUCGAAAAUUGGGAAUUAUGUUUCCAUCACUGGACACACUUAUUCUGGCUAACAACAACCUCACGACCAUUGAAGAGUCGGAAGAUUCCCUAGCAAGGCUGUUCCCCAACCUGCGAUCCAUCAAUUUGCACAAGUCAGGUCUGCAUUGCUGGGAGGACAUUGACAAGUUAAAUUCUUUUCCCAAGCUCGAGGAAGUAAAAUUGCUAGGAAUCCCUUUGCUGCAGUCCUACACCACUGAGGAGCGCAGGAAGCUGCUAAUAGCCAGGUUGCCAUCUAUUGUCAAGCUCAAUGGAAGCAUCGUUGCCGAUGGGGAGCGAGAGGACUCAGAGCGAUUCUUCAUCCGAUAUUACAUGGAGUUCCCAGAGGAGGAAGUCCCAUUCAGGUAUCACGAGCUGGUCACGAAGUACGGGAAGCUGGAGCCCUUGGCAGUCGUGGAUCUUCGGCCACAGAGCAGCGUGAAGGUGGAGGUUCACUUCCAGGAUAGGGUGGAAGAGAUGUCAAUCCGUCUUGAUCAGACUGUGGCAGAAUUGAAGAAGCACUUAAAAACUGUGGUGCAGUUGUCAACAAGCAACAUGCUGCUCUUCUACUUGGACCAGGAAGCUCCUUUUGGUCCCGAGGAGAUGAAAUACAGCUCGCGAGCACUGCAUUCUUAUGGCAUUCGGGAUGGAGAUAAAAUUUAUGUGGAACCUAGAAUGAAAUAGCCUCUUUUGACCUUGUGAGUGCACACACGUGCACACACAUGCCCCCACACACCCACACACAUGCAUUAAGGAAUUUUUGCAAGGUUUUUAUUUCAGUCGGUUGGUUGAGGUUUGGUUGCGUUUCUGUAGCAGGUAAUUUCUUAGCCCGGAUGAAGUGCCCUGAUCUGAGAACCAUGCCCGCCAUCCACUGCAGGUGACCUUGAGAUGACAAUUGACUGCAGUGCGUGUGUUUCGGUGUGUGCAAUACCUUGAUGUUUUCUUCGAUGCUCCGGUAUACUCGUGAUUUGGCGCGAAUGGUCAGUUGUUCAAGCUAAAAAAUGCUAGGGUCCAUAAGGGAGAAGAUAGCUCGGUGCAGAAUUUGAUCUGUUUUUUUCUUUUUCUAAAUUUUGGGGGUUUUGGCUCUACCAGAGCACCCUUUGGCCUAGCUAUCUGACUGUGGCUCGAGCUUGCCGAAGUAUUUUUUGCAGCUGGGUGCUGUCUCAACUUUCUGUUGCGUUUGAGUUCACUGAAAAGAUCUAAAACAGUAUUCUGCUUGAUUCAGAGCUCAGGUACUUAGUGCAUCCACUUAACUCUACUGGUUUGGUUGGUAUGAGUGCACAAAAUGGGGGAAAGAAAGAGACCUUAUUAGAAAGAAACAGUUUAUUUUCAAAAUGCACGCUCUAUAUCCAUGCUGUCCUAUUCUGAUUUUGGGGGAAAAAAAAGUUUUGAUUUCUGUACCAGUCUCACACAGUGUCUGCAACCCAUAGCACUGGCAGUCUGGAGGCACAGGGACCCUUGCCGUGUGCGUUGCAAAGUGAAUUUUGGAAAGCGGUGGAUGGGCGUUGCGUUGGAAGGGCUUUUAGAGUAACAGGUCAAAAAGGGGUUGAAGAGCAGAUUCCCCCCCCAUUGGCCAUGACUCAUCCCUGUGAUGCUGAAGGGAUCCUCCAGUAUGCACUUAACUUCGUACCAGUUUGUACUGAAAGUGGAAUGGCUAAAAUUCCUCUCCUGGGAGAGAGUAAGAGUAAAGUUGAAGUUUGUGUUUGUUGCUGUUGCACCAGAAAUGAAACCUAGCACUUUCCCUGGGGGCCCCUGGCUCAGGGGUCCCUGCUUAGGGUCCAAACUAGGAGAAUGUGUUGGCUCAGAUCAGUUUCUAGAAGAUGAGUAACAAAGCAACUAGACUCACGUUUAUUGUAAAGCAGGUUUUUACUAUCUAUAUUGGCUUGCCCCUGCACGCACCUUGUAGGCAUCACGUGCUGCUGCUUAAAUUAGCCCCCAUUUUCUACUGCAGAGCAGAUUCCCUUUCUUGUGCAAUGAAAUCCUCCUUCCUUUGUAUCCCUCGUUUUGCUUUCCUGUGUCCUCCCCUUGUUCCUCUGUCCCCCUGACAAGUUGAAGACUUUUCAAAUUACCUAGUUAUAAGCAGCUGCAUAAAAGUUUUUGAAGCUGUGCAGUGAGGGCUCUAGUUACACGUGAACUUCUGACCUUAAUUUUGAAAUGCUCCCUUAUCCCCAUGUGCACUUUCUUUCCCAUGAUGCUUUUGUCCACAUCACCAAGCUCCUUUUAUAUUCUUGGAGUUGUAUAUUUCUCGUCAUAUUUUACCUAGAUUGCGGGGUGGGGUAGGAUGGGGAGGGGACAAAGUAUUAUCUCAUAGUCUUCAGGUUCAGGAUGUGGGGACUGUUCGGAGGGGAGUAGUUCCGCAUCCAGAGUAAUGAUUAAAAAUGGAAGGAUUUAAGACAAGUUAAUAAUUUGUGCCUCAUCCCCCUGCCAAAAAUGUCAAUCUCCUGGCCCCGUUGAGAAUGAGCAAUAGGAAACGGAGCAAGAUUUGCAGUAGGUAGCGUAGAGGCUGCGGCACGUAGGUGCGGAGCCGUGGUACCUGUAAAACAAAAGAGCGGGGAGAUGGCGGCAGUGUAGCAUACGAUGAUGCUUUUAUAAGCUAGAGCUUUACUGAAGAUGUAUUUUCCAUUUGGGCAGAGAAAGGCAUUUGCUGCCUUAUAGUAGAACUCUUAAGCCAACACUUCUGUAUGAUAUAUACAUACAUACGCAUAGGAAAAGUUGUGUUUAAUAAGAUAUUUUGUUAUAAAACAAAGUUUUAUGAAGAUAUGGUUGUUUAAUAUUAGAAGCCUAUUUCUCCCCAUGACCUCCAGUUUAAGUAGGUUAUCCCUCAGUCGCGGCAGUGUCAGAGGUACGCGACCGAUGGGGAUGCAAAAGUAUCUCUGACCUAAUUCUAUAGAGAAGUAAUUGCCUAUGUGGGUAUAUUUAUGGCAUUGUAACUGGUAUUAAUGAGAUGCUGUAACUAUUGACCAAGUUCCUCAGCACAAUUAAAUGUCUCUGUUUCAGAGAAGGAAAUAAACAAAGACCAUUAAAGAAUUGAUUGGGAUGUUAAAGAAGACCCAAAUAUGUGCUUUUACAUUUGUUCAGCCACAAAAGGUUAGCCUGUCUGCAGAGGGAAUGGUGCUGUCACCACACCAGCUCCGAACUGUCAGUAAAUCAUGCUUUUAUUUACGGCGGACCUCGUAGGAACUGGAAGAUGGAAAAAGAGAACACCUACUGGCAUACGAGGUCAACAAGCACUAUGCAGCUGCUGGGGAUUUGGUGCUAACACCCAAACCGGCUCCCCUGGUCUGUUCAGGUCAGCAAAAGUCACGAUAUGAAUAUCACCGCCUUGCCACUUCAUCGGGGGAAGGUUGUUUCUGGAUGAUGUUCUCAAGCCAUUCACCUUCUGCGCAGCUAGCAGAGCACUCGUGGGGUGGAAACCAAAAAUCUCAGUUGGCUUCCCAAGGAGAAGGAGUCACGUCCAAAACCCAGGGACAGUUUAUGUGUCCAGAUGAUUGACUUUGGAAAGUAGGGCCAAAUGGCACGCCACUGAUGUGGCAAAAUAUCCCAAGUCGGCUCGCUUUCCUUUUGUAAUGCCUUUUGGGAAAGGGUCUUGUAUGCGUGCCAUGUUGCUGCUUAACAGGGAACCAUGUCUUGGGGAGAGAGGGAAGGGCUCUGAGCGAGAGAGGGGUUUGGGGACUAAUGGUGGGUGCCAAGAAUCCGGGAGGGUCCCGAGAAGGCUGGUGGUUUGAUUUAAAUCGAUGCAAUGUCAGGAAGGGCUGCAUCCCAGCGUUGCCGGCAUAUACCCGCUUUAGCAAAAGGUCCCUUGUUCUGUUGCAUUCCUUUGAGAAAACAAAAUAGAGUUCCAAGCUUCUCUAGCUUUUGUGUCCUUCUAUCCGAGGGCUACUUUUGUCAAGAACUGUUUUGUUGUUCAUGCUAGUUCGUGCAUAAAUGUCUGCUGCGGGCAGUCUACACAGUGGGCAAAGCACCUGGUUCGGAAGGAAUUAGGUGACAGCUAUAUACCAAAGUGUCGCACGGCUCCAUGUACUGAGAUUAGAUGCUGUGCUGUUGUGUUUUUGGAUACAUUCCUAUUGAAUAUCCAUGUUUUGACCAGAUGUUUCAGGCGGAUUGCUUAACUGGCGAUGUUAUGAAUAUGCAUGGCAUGGCAACUGUCCUCUGCUCAAUCAGUGGGAUUUUUAACUCCCUUUAUUGGGAGUUGCAUACAUCCCGAUGGCAGAUGAUAGUGCAGCGUGCCCCGGCUUGGAGCAGCUCGGAGGAACUGCGCCUAAUGGCGUUCGUUGCUUCUGGGGAGAGGCUCUCAGUCUGCCCUCACCUACUCAGGUCUGUAAUCCGAAGAAGCCAAUGCGGUGGCUCUGCCUCCGUCGGUUGCUGGUUUUGCUUGUAAAUGAGAUUCUGUAGGUUCUGUUCCUGUGCAGAUUUGAAAAUGCAAACGAGGUGCUGAAAGCAGCCCAGAGGCUAAAAUAUGUAGUCCUGGCAGCUGUGCCUCCCUCAUUUGAAUGUGGCACUUUUGUAGGCGGUUAGAGAGAUGCCUUCCCCAGAGCAACGUUAGAGGGGCUUUAGCCAUCUCAGGCCUUUGCCUCUGUGAUUGCUUUUCUGCAGCUACUGGAAACUUCAAAUAUAAUUUAAACAUGAAGGUCUACUCUUGCUCCCUAUUAAUGAGGCAUCCAUAUAUAAUUUUAAAGAAAAAGGAAGAACCGUAAGUCCAUCUCAGUUUUUAUUCUGGUUUCUCUCACGGGGAAUAUACUUCCUGCUCCCACAAUUUGCCUUUGGUUUGCUCACAGACUUAGUGGUGGAAUUCAGGCCAAACAGGUAAUUGGUUUGGAUCAGUUCAAUAAACUUAUGUAAGUUUUUACACA